CUGAGGAACACGUGGGUCCGUUGUAUGGGAUUAUAAAACCUUUUUAAAACUAUUUUACAAUAGUUCCGUUUAUUUAGUGUCUGUGAAAGGAAACGUGAAUAAAAUGACGGAUUACAGUUUGACACGUGUGAUGGACGUCCUGAGGGGUUUGUACGGGCGCGUGCAGACGUUAGAGGAGUUUAGUGACAGUGUAAAGUUUAGUAAUGGACAGAAACCAGCUCUACUUCAGGAGUGUGAUUCAGUUAGGUAUAAAGUACUGACUCGGGGUCUGAUAGUGUGUGUAGAGUCUCCUGUUACACACUGUCCCAGCUCUGCACAGCUGGGCUCUCUGCCUGAGGUGCUAGCAUUUGUCUUGAACCGCAUGAAGAUGAAGAAGAAGAGAAACGUUCUAAGUUUCGGUUACCGCUUCAGCACCGGUCGGACCGACUCGGACCCUUUCAAGUUCCACGGCUCCAUUUCUCAAAGCGCUGCAUUCAUCUGUGGUAGUGAAGCCUGGGCAAAAAUCAAUCAACGGCUGGGAACUGACCUCACCCAGUACCUGCUGACUCACUGUGCCAUCUUUACCACAGCACCCCCUACCUGCCUGGUGCAGCUCUGUGGCGUUCCUGUGUACGAUUUAGUACCUGUACACACCUGGUCUGGAUUCUUCCUCAACUCCUGUAACAAAACUGACACGUUGAACAGGAACCGACGGAUUGGCAUAAAAAAAGAGACUGGCAUGAGGAAAGGAGAGAAAAGCAAAUGGAAACGUCAGGUGAAUGCUAAAAACACUAAAAAGAGAAGGAGAGAAGAAGGAAAAAAAGAAGAGGAGAACAUCAAGGAGAGUAACCCUGCAAAGAAAAGACAUAUUGAAGUCAUAAAGCAAGAUAGUGAUGUGGAAAGGUCCUGUAUCAAUAAAAGUGUUUGUCCAGGUCAAUCAGAGACACCUGAGAUUAGCCCUGCUCCCAAACAUGGCCUCUUCAGUUGGAAGCCGUGUGACCAACCCCCACCUCGCCCAUCUCACUGUUUCAUAAGUGUAUUGAACAUGCUCUACGGUGGCCGCGGCAUGAAGGGCUUCCCACUGAACAGGAAGUUGCGGGGCCAAGUGGGUGGAGCCAGAAGGAUGCUAGGUGCAGAUGUAGUCAGGAUGGUAUUUCGUCUCAAGGACAAGGCCAAGCUGUCAGGGUCAUCAUCACAAAACCAAAAGCUACCUAAGCGUUUUUUUGCCAUGGUCCCAAUCUUCACUUUGCUGUUGCGGCGUCACAGGAAGUGCCAUUACGUUCACUUCCUGUCUCAGAAGUGUGCAACUAGUGAAGGCAAAGGGGACAUGGCGUCUCUUUUGUCUUCUCAUUGCUCAUCCUACAGAGUGUAUCUGUUCGUGAGGGCGUGUGUGCGCUUUGUUAUUCCAGAUGAACUCUGGGGUUCUCAGCACAACAUGAUGCACUUCCUGUCCAGAGUGAAGCACUUCCUGCGACUGGGGAAGUUUGAAAAACUGUCAUUGGCUCAGAUCAUGUGGAAGAUCAGAGUGAGUGACUGCCGUUGGCUGGGGCAUAAAAAAAGUCAGUGCCCGAGUGAGCAUCGUUACAGGGAGUGGAUUUUUGGACAGUUUCUGCUCUGGGUGCUUAAGGACUUUGUGAUCGGUCUUGUUAAGUCUUUAUUUUAUGUCACAGAGAGUGUUGGCAAUAAGCAUGUGCUGAGAUUCUACAGAAGACACAUCUGGACCACACUACAGGACCAGGCCUUCAGGGAGCAUCUCAUUAAAGGCCAAUGGGAAGAGCUGAGUCCUGCAGAAGUAGCAUCACUACCCAAGAACUCUGUAACAUCCCGCAUUAGAUUUAUCCCAAAAUCUAAUGGUAUGCGUCCAAUCACACGCUUAAUCAGAAGUGCAGCAGCGAUGCAGUUCCAGAGUUCAGUACGCGAUCUUCAGAACGUGUUGAGUGUGUGUGUUCGAGAGCGGCCGACUCUGCUCGGCUCGACCGUGUGGGGACGACAGGAUAUUCACAGAGUGCUGAGAUCCAUUACUCACACACACACUCCGCUGUACUUUGUUAAGGUGGACGUCAGUGGGGCGUACGAUAGUCUCCCCCACUCAAAGCUGUUAGAGGUGGUGCAAGAUGUUCUCAAGCCAAUGGAGGAGAACCGAUUCUCUCUGAGACACUAUGCUAAAGUGUGUACUAACUCAGAACAGGAGAUCAAGAAACACUUCUGUACCAGGGCUGAAGCUUGUGAAUCGUUGAACAUGAAGGGUUUUGUAAUAGAGGAGCAGAACAACGGAAAGCUCCGUGAUGCCAUUUUAGUGGAGAAGCUCUCUGUGGAAGUUAUGGGCUCAGAUGUGUUUCGGUUCUUCAAGCAUAUGCUGAGCAACUACAUCAUCCAGUAUGACAAGAAGCUGUUCCGGCAGGUGUGUGGUGUUCCUCAGGGUUCAGCUGUCUCCACCAUGCUGUGUAAUUUGUGUUAUGGCCACAUGGAGAACUGCAUGCUGAAGAACGUCAGAGAGAAAGGAGGGUAUUUAAUACGGUUGGUGGAUGAUUUUCUCCUGAUCACUCCCAGACUGAGUAAAGCAGUGGACUUCCUCAGGACAUUAAUGGCAGGUGUUCCAGAGUACGGCUGUGUGAUUAACCCUCAGAAGGUGGCAGUGAAUUUCCCGGUGAGAGACGAGCUGAAGUGUGAGAAGAUGACGGUUUUCCCAGCACACUGCUUGUUCCCAUGGUGUGGGCUGCUGGUGGACACCCACUUGCUCCACGUCUACAAUGAUUACUCCGGGUAUGCUGGCCAAUCACUGCGCUACAGCCUGACGUUAGGCUCCGCCCACUCACCUGCUGUGUUUAUGCGGAAGAAGCUGCUGAUGAUCCUCAGGCUGAAAUGUGACAGUGUUCUUCUGGACCUUCAGUUAAACUCCAUUGAGGCAGUGUACAAAAACAUCUACAAGAUUCUCCUGCUGCAGGCCAUGAGAUUUCAUGUGUGUGUGAAGAGCUUGCCGUUAGGACAGGGUGUGUGGACAAACCCAAUUUUUUUUCUGAAGAUGAUCUGGAGUAUGGUGAAGAUUACCAACAAGAGCAUGACACACAGCAACUCAGGAGUGUGUGUUGACGGUGUGUUGCAGUGUGAAGCCGUACAGUUGUUGUGUUGUUUGGCGUUUGACGUGAUCCUGACGCGUCAUCGUUCUCUGUACCGCUGCCUCCUCCCUCACAUCAACAAAAGGAGGAGGAGUCUAAUGAAUACGCUCCGUGGCAUCAGACUCGCACGAGUUCUCCAGGCUGCGACUCCCAGAAUUCCUCGUGACUUCACCACCAUCCGCUUCUGAACCCUCCACAAUCACCACCAGGAGCCAUAUCAAAAUAAAUCACUGGGUGCUUUUGUAACUAGGAUUUAUACCAUUUUAAAUACACUCAUCCUUUGUUCUGGUGACUUCUCAUCGAACGUGAUUGUUUACAGAAAUAAGAGUUGUUUGUUUAUAUUUGCUGGUUGUAUAAAUGUAUAAAAGUGAGCGGGGCUAAACCUGCACUAUAAAAAUGUAGUGAAAUUAUACACCAGUCGUGUUACAAACCUCACACAGAAAGGUACUGAAUUCUGAUAGAUUAGAUUAGAUUAGUAUCCUUCGAUCACAGUGGUGUAGUCCGGGCCAUACGCACGUAUACACAGUAUGCUUACUUUUUCCACAGGGCUUUUUGCGUAUAACGACUUCUAUGUCUUAAUAUUAGCGUGUACCCGCGAUAAACCCACUUGUUGUGCUAAAACGUCCAUAAUUUACCCUCGUCUUUUCUUCCCCUUUAACUGCAUCGCAUUUUUUAACUCGCGAAACUUCGUUGUAAUUGGUUCAAUUUUGUUUGAAUCCCGCCCCCUUUCCCCGCCCCUUUCCCCACCCCCGACAGCUGUCGUGUACCAACUUCACCGAGUGUUUACAGGAGGAGAGUUUAGUUCAUUAACAGAAGCUGGUGUCCUGCUGAAGCACACUUAAGUAAAGUUGGCCGUAUAUUUACAGAUUGGAGUUUCCCGAGUCAAUAACUCCUGAACUAAACACUGUCACUACACAAAUAACCUCUUUUUCACCGUAGUAAUGUAGAGACGCAGCUUUCCGGUGGACAAAAUACACGUCUCUAUGUACAGACGGCUGAGAGACAGAUUCCAAGGGAGCGUCUGUAAAGUGCAAAACCCGAAAAGCGAAUACUACAAAAAGUCAUUAACUUCAGUGUAAUACACUGUACUGUCACCAGCUCACACACACACACAUCACUGUAAUACACUGUACUGUCACCAGCUCACACACACACAUCACUGUAAUACACUGUACUGUCACCAGCUCACACAUCACUGUAAUACACUGUACUGUCACCAGCUCACACACAUCACUGUAAUAC